CCCUCUCCUUAAGCACUGUCUGUCUCUCUCAUUUUCGGAGGUCGGCGACGAGCGCUGAACCUUAAAACGAAUCUGCAUCAACUGGUAAGUAAGAGAGAGAGAGAGAGAGAAAGAGAGAGAGAGAGAGAGAGAGAGAGAGAGAGAGGCGCCAACAUAAACCCUAGAAUUUCAAAUUUGCAUGUUCCUCUUUCUCUCGAUCCCAAUUUCCUCAUGGGUCGACCCGAGCCAUGCGUCCUCUUCGCCCAAAACUUCGUUCACCCGCAUCUCGACGAGUACGUCGACGAGGUUAUGUUUUCGGAGCCCAUUGUUAUCACCGCGUGUGAGUUUCUGGAACAGAGUGCGUCAUCAGUUGCUCAAGCAGUGACACUUGUUGGGGCAACUUCACCUCCAUCAUUUGCGAUAGAGGUGUUUGUUCACUGUGAGGGAGAGACGAGGUUUAGAAGACUUUGUCAGCCCUUUCUCUAUUCACACUCUUCGUCAAAUGUACUAGAAGUAGAGGCUGUUGUUACUAGUCAUCUAGUUGUAAGGGGCAGCUAUCGCAGUCUAAGUUUGGUUAUAUAUGGCAACACAGCUGAGGAUCUGGGUCAGUUUAACAUUGAUAUUGAUGACAAUGCGUUGACUGAUCUUGUUGAUUCUACUGAGGGGAAGCUUGAAGACCUGCCACCAGCAUUACGCUCUACUAGUUUUACAAUUGAUGAUUCACGUUCAUAUCUGAAUGUGUUGUCUAUUCCAGUUCCUGCAACAGAUAUUUCUGUUGAAGUCAAUCUUUUUCUAGGGUUGAUGUUAAAAUUUUUGGAGUUUUCAGAUCUUGGGGAUGCUGGACAUAAAAUUGUAAAUACUGUAGUGUCUGCAAUCUCUUCUUACAUUUCCAGUGACAUAUGUGAAUCAAUCGGUGGGAGAUAUCAGAUGCGGAAGAGAUCUGAGAAUUUGGAAGAGUUGCACAUUGUUGUUGAUGAGGCAAGAAAAGAGCUUCUUGAGGUUUAUAAGGUUCUUCAUAAAAAAUUUAGGAGUGAAUCUUCUGAGUGUUCAUCAGAUGCCUAUUAUCUUGAAAUGGAUGCUGAAAUGUUGGAUUCCAAAACUUUGGUGGAUAUGUUUAACCAGUACUUUCAUUUUCAAAGGAACUCUUCCUGUAUAGGAGAUCACUGCCUUUCUCAGAGUGAGCAUGCCCUAUUAGGAUUGAGCAUGGCUUAUUUGCUUUGUUCUGGUAGAAAGAGUGGCUUUCAAUUUGUUAGUAGUGGGGGAAUGGAGCAGCUUGCAUUGUUUUUUUCCAAGGAUGGGCAAAAUUCUACUACUAUUAUGCUAUUGCUUCUUGGUGUUGUAGAGCGGGCUACUAGGUAUUCAGUUGGAUGUGAAGCCUUUUUAGGUUGGUGGCCCCGGGAAGAUGACAGUAUCCCCUCUAGUAUCAGUGAAGGUUAUAGUCAUUUGUUGAAGUUGAUAUUAUCAAAACCUCGUCACGAUGUUGCUUCUCUUGCGACCUAUUUGCUUCAUCGCUUACGAUUUUAUGAAAUUGCUUCAAGAUAUGAGUCUGCAGUUCUUUCUGUGCUGGGAAACAUCAGUACUGUUGGCAGGGUUACAGAUGUUACAUUGAAUAUGCUCAGCUCUUCUGAAAUUCUGCUCAGAAAGCUCCUGAAAUUGAUAAAUUCACGUGGUCCAAUUGAAGAUCCUUCUCCUAUAGCUUGUGCAAGCAGAUCACUGAUUACUGGUCAAACAGAUGGAUUGUUGUCAUAUAAAACAACUUCCAGCUUGAUUAGCUCUUCAAGUUGUUGCUUUUCAGAUUGUGAUAUUGAUUCCCAUUUAUUGGGACUUUUGAAGGAGAGGGGUUUUCUUUCAUUAUCAACUGCAUUGUUGUCAUCAUCUAAACUGCGCAUGGAGAGUGGCCAUGCAAUGGAAAUCUUCAUGGAUGUCACGUCAUCCAUUGAGGCCGUGAUUCUAUCAUUUCUUUUUUGUCGUUCAGGCUUGAUAUUCCUAUUGCAGGAUCCCGAACUUUCUAGUACAUUAAUCCAUGCUCUUAGGAGUGGUCACCGAGGCAACAAGGAAGAUUGUAUUCCUCUUCGAUAUGCCUCCAUUUUGAUUUCAAAGGGUUUCUUUUGUAGUCCACUGGAGAUAGGAAUGAUAAUUGAGAUGCAUUUAAAAAUGGUUAAUGCCAUUGAUAGUUUGCUUUCAUCGAAUCCGCAAUCGGAAGAGUUCUUAUGGGUUGUCUGGGAACUCUCUACGCUCUCACGAUCUGAUUGUGGGCGCCAAGCAUUAUUGGCCUUAGGAAAUUUUCCUGAGGCUGUUUCCAUCUUAAUUGAAGCACUAAGUUCCUUCAAGGAAUCUGAAUCUGUUGGGAAAAACAGCGGAUCUUCAGCGGUAAAUCUUACAAUAUUUCACUCAGCUGCUGAGAUCAUUGAAGCCAUUGUUACAGAUUCCACAGCAUCAUCUUUGGGUUCAUGGAUUGGACAUGCUUUGGAACUUCAUAGGGCUUUGCAUUUCUCCUCUCCAGGGUCCAACAGAAAAGAUGCUCCCUCACGGUUGUUGGAAUGGAUAGAUGCUGGCGUAGUAUACCACAAACAAGGGGGUAUUGGUCUCCUGCGUUAUGCUGCUGUAUUGGCUUCUGGAGGAGAUGCCCAGUUAACUACUGUCCUAGUUUCAGAUCUGACUGAUGUUGAAAAUGUUGUUGGAGAAUCUUCCAGUGGCUCUGAUAUUAAUGUUAUGGAGAAUCUGGGAAAGUUUAUAUCUGAAAAGUCUUUUGACGGUGUCACUCUUCGUGAUUCUUCUCUGGCACAGUUGACUACUGCAUUAAGGAUUUUGUCUUUUAUUUCCGAGAACCCAACUGUUGCUGCAACUCUCUAUGAUGAAGGUGCUGUAAUAGUUAUUUAUGCCAUUUUAGUCAACUGCAGAUUCAUGCUUGAGAGGUCCUCAAACAAUUAUGAUUACCUUGUAGAUGAGGGUACAGAAUGCAAUGCUACUUCUGAUUUACUACUGGAACGUAAUCGUGAGCUGAACAUUGUUGAUCUUUUGGUUCCUUCUCUGGUGCUAUUGAUUACACUACUUCAGAAAUUACAGGAAGCAAAGGAGCAACACCGAAAUACAAAGUUAAUGAAUGCUCUUUUACGAUUACACAGCGAAAUAAGCCCCAAGCUAGCUGCAUGUGCAGAUGACUUAUCAUCUCCAUAUCCUGAUUAUGCUAUUGGUUAUGGAGCUGUCUGUCAUCUUGUUGCAUCAGCACUUGCUUUCUGGCCAGUACAUGGUUGGAGUCCAGGUCUUUUUCACACCCUUCUCGCCAGCGUUCAGAGUACUUCAUUGUUGACUCUAGGUCCAAAAGAAACAUGCAGUUUGCUCUAUCUUUUGAUUGAUUUAUUUCCUGAAGAAGAUAUAUGGCUUUGGACUAGUGGAAUGCCCUUGUUGACUGCACGGAGAAUGUUGGCUGUUGGAAACAUUUUAGGGCCUCAAAAGGAGAGGCAUGUCAACUGGUAUUUGGAAUCUGGACACCAAGAGAAGCUGGUUGGCCAGCUGGCACCACAUCUUGACAAAGUUGCUGAGAUUAUACUACAUUAUGCAGUUUCUGCAUUAGUGGUCAUUCAAGAUCUGCUGCGUGUUUUUGUAAUUCGAAUUGCUUGCCAAAAUGCUAAGUAUGCAUCCAUGCUUAUAAAACCAGCAUUGUCCUCAGUUAUUCAUCAUGUUUCAGAAUCAUCAUGUCCAUCAGAUACAGAUGCAUACAAGGUUUUGAGGCUUCUUGAUUUUCUUGUCAGCCUGUUGGAGCAUCCACUUGGAAAGGGCCUAUUGUUGAGGGAGGGCACUCUUCAGAUUCUGACAAAAGUACUGGAUAGAUGUUUUGUUAUUGUUGAUGUUGAUGGAAAGCAGAUUCAUGAUAGAAGUUCUGCAAAAUGCAGCUUUAAUUUUUUUAGUUGGUGUCUCCCAAUAUUCAACUUUAUGAUGCUGCUUUUUCGUUCUGAAAUUUCUCGACAUUACCCCCGAAGAGAUGACUUUAAAAAUUUUGAAAAAUUGAGUGAUGAAGAUUGUGCCCUGAUUUUACGAUAUCUUUUGAAGAGUUGUCAGGUCCUGCCUGUUGGAAAAGAGUUACUGGCUUGUCUUACAGCUUUCAAAGAAUUAGCUUCUUGUGGUGAAGGUCAAAUGGCAUUUGGAGCUACUCAUUUUGGUAUCCACUCUCAUGCUCUCGAACUUGAGCCUCGGAAAGAUGAUAGGAAUGUAAAUUAUAAUGUCUCUAGUGUAGCAGAAUGGAUCAAAUGCCCCCCUUUACUUAGCUGUUGGAUGAAGUUGUUUAGAUCGAUUGAUACAAAGAAGGGUUUGUCAGCUUAUGCAAUUGAGGCUGCCUAUGCAUUAUCUGUGGGUUCCCUACAAUUUUGCAUGGAUGGAGACAGUUUGAAUUCCGACAGAGUUGUUGCAUUGAAGUACCUCUUUGGGAUUUCCAAUGAUAUGACAAGAUCAGAUGGCUUUCCUGAGGAAAAUAUAAAUUACAUACUAGAAUUUAGUGCUCUGUUAAGUUCUAAAGCUUCUAUGGAUGAUUGUUUGGUUAACUCUCAGUCACAAAUCCCAUUAUAUCAGGUUUCUGAGUCAGUUAAAUCAUUGUCAUUAGUAUUGCAAAGGCCUGUUGAUUCCAUGAAGUUAGAAGAUGUUGUUUUACAUCAAAAUGAAGUUCUAGUUUUUUCAAAGACACAUCAGUUGCUUGAAAACAGUGUUGAGAAGAUUGAUGAUCAUCUUAAUGUUGGUGGACUUGGCGACAAAUUUCUUUGGGAAUGUCCAGAAACAUUACCAGAUAGAUUAACACAGACAACUCUUGCUGCCAAGAGGAAGCUUCCAUCAAUGGAUGGUCCUGUAAGGCGAGCUAGAGGAGAAAGUUUUCAGGCUGAUAUGUCUUCUCAAAAUGCUUUUUCACGGGGUGUAGCACAGUCUGCUGUUUCUUCUGGUCCUACACGUAGGGAUGCCUUCCGGCAACGCAAGCCAAAUACAAGCAGACCACCAUCUAUGCAUGUAGAUGAUUAUGUUGCAAGAGAGAAAAAUGUUGAAGGGGUUACUAAUGUAAUAUCAGUGCCACGAGCAGGAUCUACUGGUGGGAGACCUCCAUCCAUUCAUGUAGAUGAAUUUAUGGCAAGACAGAGGGAGCGGCACAACCCUUCAGCAACAGUAGUGGGAGAGGCUGUUGGACACCCAAAAGAUGCUUCUCCUGUAAAACCCACAGAUACGGAGAAGUUAAACAAAUCUAAGCAAUUGAAAACAGAUCUUUAUGAUGAUCUUCAAGGAAUUGAUAUAGUUUUUGACGGAGAGGAGUCUGACCCUGAUGACAAGUUGCCAUUCCCUCAGCUGGAUGAUGACUUACAACAGCCUGCCCCAGUUAUUAUUGAGCAAAGUUCUCCUCACUCGAUUGUUGAAGAAACAGAAAGUGAUGUCGUUGAUAGUAGUCAAUUUUCUCAAAUGGGUACUCCAUUAGGAUCUAACAUCGAUGAAAAUGGCCAAACUGAAUUUUCUUCAAAGAUGUCUGGUUCACGUCCUGAUAUGUCAUUAACUCGGGAAUCAAGUGUUUCUUCAGACAGGAAGUAUGUUGAGCAGGCUGAUGACACGAAAAAUGUUCAAGCUAGGCCCUCUGGCAGAUAUGAUUCUGUAUCAUCAAAUACUUCGUUUCCAAUGUCUCUUUACAAUAAUCCAUCCACAUCUAUGCAAUCACCAGCUGAUUCAAGGAUGGUUUCCCAAAAUUACUUGUUAAAGAAUAGUCCUCAACAUGCUGGUAUUGCUUCUGGUUCUCAAGGAUUGUAUGACCAAAGGUUUUUGACCAACCAACCUCCUUUACCACCCAUGCCACCUCCACCUACAGUCUCGCCUGUAAUAUCGCAUGCUACAGAUUCAGUUCCUGGUCAUUCAUCUCCAUUUGUUAAUUCUCUAGCAGGCACACAGCGUCCUGUGGCAUUCCAAGUUCGGUCAGACUAUUCAUCUCCAUUCAUCAAUGGUUCAACUGCUGCAUCUUCUGUUCCUGUGCCAGAUUCAAAAUACUCCAGGACUUCUGUGUCUUCCCCUGGUGGACCUAGUAGAGUUGCUCCUCCCCUUCCUCCUACACCACCUCCUUUUGCAUCUAAUCAGUAUAAUUUACCAUCUGUUAAAACUUCUGCCUCCCAACCUUCUAUGUAUAAUCAGACAAGUAUUGGGGCCACUGAACUUUCCCAGGCCUCCAUUUCAUCUUCAGGAGCCAGAUUGUCAUCUUACCCAAAUCCCCCAAUGAUGUCUGCGGGUUUUAGUAGGUCAGCUUCCAUGCCAUUGACUAUGUUCGGUAACUCCCCAAAUCAGCAACAGACUGAGAACCAGCCAAGCAUCUUACAAAGUAUCUCUGUUCCUCCAGCUUCCUUUCAGUCAAUGCAUCCAGUUACUCAGUUGCAGCCCCUCCAGCCACCCCAGCUUCCACGCCCACCACAACCUCCUCAGCUCCUUAGGCCGCCUGUCCACGCUUUACAGCAGUUGGAGCAAGGGAUGGCUGUGCAAAGCAAUGUUCAAGUGCAUCAUCAAUUACAGAUGCUGCAACAGCCUCAGGUUCCUUCAAUGCAGACGUAUUACCAAACCCAGCAGCAACAGUUUUCACAUGAGCAGCAGCAAGUUGAAUAUACUCAACAGCCAGGGAAUUCUCUAUCACAGCAGCAACAAGAUGCAGCAAUGUCGUUACAUGAGUAUUUCAAGUCUCCAGAGGCAAUUCAGUCUUUAUUGAGUGAUCGGGACAAACUUUGCCAACUUUUGGAGCAGCAUCCGAAAUUAAUGCAGAUGCUUCAGGAAAAAUUGGGCCAACUGUAGCCGCAUGAUGAUGACCAAGUAGAACUGUUUCAUGUCUGUAAAUGUCCAUUCAUUAUCCAAAUGAUGAGUUGCGCUGAUGCUUAUGCCUCAGGGCAUUGAAAUUUUGUUAAUAUGUACUUUCUGGGUUCAUUUUUUUAUUUUUAUUUUUAAAUUUCAAUGAGCACAAUAUUGAUGCCCAAUAUAUUAAUGGUUGGAGAGUGGCUUCUGAUGAGAGCUUAAGUGGGAUAUUUACAUUGAAGUCACUGGGGCAGUGGUUCAACUGUUAAUAACUGGUGCAAUCAUUUUGCCGUUUGUUGUAUUAAAUGUUGUACAGGUAUUGCUCCUGGACGGGGCUAGGUUGGUUAAAAUUGAAACUCAGUGAAUAAUGACUAAUGUGUGUUUGGUUGUUGUUUCCUGCA